GCUCUGGGAGGUCCCAGAGAACGUAAGGAAUGGGACUUGGAAGCUUCUAUAUUACCUUUGGGAGAGGAUUCUGGAAAAUCCCAAAGCAACAAAGUACCGCCCCGAGGGCUGGUUGAAAAUAUAGAUGAGGAGCUUCGGUCCUCUCUGGCCUUUCAGGAUUCGAGGCGUAUCGCUGACGACACUCCCCGAAAGAUUCCGCAGCUCUCAAAAGACGUUAGCCUUGAUAAAGAAAGGGAAUCUGUGGCAAGUCAAUCAUCAUCCAGCGCUAAUGUGGAAGAGCACUCAGCGCCCGAGGCGGAUAUGUGUUCCGAAUGCGAGUUAGUAGGCACACAUCUGCUCACCGAGCGCAAGAACCUAGGCAGUGAAGACUGGAAGGACGUCCGGUCCCAGUUGCCUGAGCCUUGGAUGUGGGAUGUUGACUACCACAGCAUUCCAAAUAUGUCAGGCGAACAUCGGGGUUGCUGGACAUGCUCGCCAAUGGGCUCUGAUGAUCCUAAGGACUUCCCACUCACUAUUGCCGGAGCUCCCGUUGUCAUACCUGUGGAGUAUCGAUGGCCACUAGCUGCAGGCGUGAAUCCACCUCCAGAUCCACGGCCCUCUGCUCCGAUCAACUGCGCCGCUGAACUUCGGCUGGAGGUAAUUCGAGAUAUCUUCCUCACCUUUGAGGGCAGUAUCGGAUUCUAUCUUCUGGUAAAUGGCCUUAUCCAGAUCAUAGUCCCUGAAGAGUUUGAUAUAGAAUGGGCUUCAUCACAUCUUCCACACAAAUACGGUGGUCUGCGAAUCUGCUACAUCCCACAAUCGAUGACGCCUACGAUGGUUACUUCCGAAACGGAGACUAUGCAAUCCGAGACCUCACAAAGCUCUGGGCUUUCUAGUGCGCGUAGACUCUUCCGACCUUCGAGUACAAGUUUUACUCAAGCACUCCACCUCAAUGACUUCAUCGAAGCACACACAAAAUCUACACUUAAGGAGGGCAAGUUCGCAGGGCGUAUUGGGCUUAGAACUAGUAAAUGUGGCAAUCCCUACAUUCUGAUGUCUACCCAUGUUAUUACAGAGGCCAUAUUGGCGAAAUCACACCACCUAUCAAUCUUUAACAGGAGGCGCAAUGCAUAUGAGAAUCUCGAACGGGAUUGGAACGAAUGCGUUGAGAUCUGGGCUGGCAAUGAAAAGAUUGGUACAGUCGAUAAGUCCUUUGAUGCCAAUGCAGGGGUAUUUCCAAAUGGCUUCAUGCACGACAUUACGCUCAUUAAGCCGACCAUUCCAGCUGCAGUCAAGGACAUCAAAUCGCCUAUAUCAGAUAUUAGAUGGCUGUCAAGAGAAGCAUGGAGUGAUCUGCGACGGCGAACUAGUGCUGUCAAGAUCCUUGGAGACACGGAAAAUCGUGCCGCGAAGACCCUGAAGACAAAUUGUGCUUCAGAAGUACUAGUCAUUGGCGAAGGCGUGUUCCUUAACCAACCCGCUUCCUCAAAGCCCGCCCGCGAACACGACAUCGGCACUUGGAAAGGCCUAGUCUCACGCAGCCUUCUUUAUCGAGUUCACAGAGAUUUCGAUCCACCGAACGGAUAUAGUGGUAUCGCGCUCUACGCAGAUGGGCUUCGCGAAGACGGAACGACAGGACCCGGUAUUGUUGGAUUUCAAUCCUUCGUGCAAAGAUCUGGUCAUGUGCAGAACUUCGAUAUGGAAGGCAGCGCCCUCAAUACGAGGCUAAAGCUAGGAAGAGUGGCGUUUUAUGGGGCUUUUCAGGUUCCGGAUGAGUUAAGGAGAGAGCAUGUUAUCGCUUGA